CAGGCGACAGAGACUGCCCUCGGCAAAGUAGAACUCGAUCAUUCAAUUUUCUGGCCGUCGAUCUUAUCUCUAAUAUCCGGAUGCCACGAGGUUGAAACAGUGCAAAGAGCACCGUUGCACUUGCACUAAGAGCCCAGAGACGGAAGUAAAAGGGAGAGCCAGAGACAAAGAGGAAGGCUUGAAUAAUUCAGUUACACGCACAGAUUAAAUCGGAUUGCUUUAUCGGAUUCACAUUAAACCCUAAUGGAACGAUGCCAAUCUCCCUCAGUCAACAUGAAGUGGAUCAUUACCGCGCUCCACUACUUUGUCGGUCUCGGAAGCUUCAGUGGGAGAUGGGGGAGCGCAAUUACCGCAAUUUACAACGUCGCCUUUGCUUUAUCCCUCUCGGUGCUGGGAGUAAUCGUGUAUUUGGAAGAGAAGCUACUUUACAAGGGAUUUAGCAUCUACGCCACGUGCUUGCGUUUCGUCGCCUUUUACGUGGGAAUCCUCGCGGCAUGCGUCACCGUCGUCCACGGCACUUACAAUCGGCGUCAUCUCCUAGCGCUGCAGAGGGAGAUCGAACAAUUCUUUGAGGAAUUUCGGAAAACGUUCCCAUACACUACCCUCUCCUCCUCCCGAAGGCCAGUGCUGGUUGCCAUCAUUCUCUACUCGGUGGCCGUUCCGUGCGUGGUCAGCCUGGAAGACCAAUUCGUCAGUGGGUCGUUUACGCUGUCCUGCUACCUCACCACGCUAAUCUCCCUCCUCCACACCGAUCACGUGGUCGCACUACUAACCACCUGCAGGGACACCUUCGAGGGGCUAAACCAGUACAUCUACGCUGAAACGAAACCGCACCUCUCCACGCUCGAGAGGAUCUCCAUCGCGCUUUCUUCCCGCCUGAUCAACCUCGACGUUGGACUGAACGAGAUGAUGCAAAAACACCGGGAAAUCGGCUCGCUGACGGUGAAGGUGGCGAAAGCGUUCACGUUAACCGUCGGCCUGCAGUUCCUCUCGACCACCUUCGCGUUCACGGUGCUCGUCUACACAAUUUUAAUGCGCUUCAUUUCGCAGAUACAGACGCGCGUGUCGCGGUACAGCGCCAUCUACACCCUGGAUCUGGAAACGGCACUGCACUGCCUUCAGGUGUUUUUCAUCGUCAGGGCCGCCGAGAACGCGACGAGGUCAGCGAAUCGCAUCGCGAUCGUCUUACACAGUCUGAGAGGCUUGCACCCCUACUUUGGGGGUGAAACGUUCAACGAGUACUCCUUGCAGCUGCUCAACGAGAAGCUCGAGCUGACGCUUGCUGGCGUGUUCGCGAUCGAUUUCAGUCUUCUCACUGGUACGGCGGUGGUAUUCACGACGUUGGUGAUAAUAUCCUUGCAGAGCGACGAAGAUUUUUUAGUGACAAACCCGAAGACCAUGCAGAUAUGGACAAAGCAGAAUCGCACCGGCGGAAACGACGUAGUUUAACUGGGAAUGUUUUGUCUACGCCACGUUUUGUUGUCACGAAGCUUGUGGAUUAGUAGUUAUUAGGCGAUAGAUGAGAUUAGACCUUGAGGGAAACUUAAGGCUCUUCUUUGGCCACCUGUGGCACUCAGCAUUUAAGGAAUUGUUUGUGCUUUGCAAAUUAAAAUCCGAGUUUUUAUUGUGUGACUGUUCGCAUAUACAUCAAUGCUAGCGGUAACCGUUUUUGAGAAAGAACGACGCACAUGGGGGUCCCGGGAGUAUGGAACACCCCCAGACCCCCCGGUGCUACGUUUUUGGGAGGAGGCAGUGAUAUACAGCUUUCCUCAAGAGUAUUCCACUCCUCACAGGAUAUCAGAUCUUAAGUUAGAUCGUAUUUUCUUGAAAACUUUCGUAUAAAUGCUAACAUCAAACAUUUUGAAUGGAGAAAGAAACCCCGGGGAUCUGGGGGGUAUGGAAUACCCCCCAGCGAGCAGAGAGUGCCCUCAGCAAAAUAGAGCUCGAUAAUUCUUUUUAUUUUUCUCCUGUCCUGCCACUUUGAAACAUACCCAUUUUACUAUGGGAUAUGAUGAGUUUUUUUGGGAGGUUUUUGCUAUACGUAACCCCGUUGAUAAAAUGAAAAUGACAUGAUCUCCUGAGAACCAUGUAUACUCUUUUGGAAUAAUUGCCCCUUGUUAGACAAGGCGUGGGCCCCAAUUAUCC